AUGGCCGAGACUGCUACCCCCGAAGUUCUCUGGGCCCAGCGCUCUCCUCAAUCUGCCGAAGACGAGAACAACUUCGUCUUCUUGACUAUCAACGUUCCUGAUGUACCCAAGGACGGCAUGCAACUCGACCUCAAGCCUGACAGCCUGACCUUUACCGGUACCUCGGGUACCCUGAAGCGCAAAUACCAUGUUGAGCUUCCAUUCUAUGCCGAGAUCGACCCCGAAGCGAGCAAAGUUCACCACACCGCUAAGAACAUCGAGAUUAAGAUCCAGAAGAAGGAGCGCAAUAAGGAAUACUGGCCGCGACUCCUCAAGGACUCAAAGAAACUUCAUUUCCUCAAGACCGACUUUGAUAAGUGGGUUGACGAGGAUGAACAGAACGAGGCCGCCGAGGAUGAUUUCUCGCAGUUUGGCGGUAUGGGUGGCAUGCCGGGAAUGGGUGGUGACUUUGGUGGUAUCGAUUUCUCUAAGCUCGGCGGUGCUGGAGGCAUGCCAGACCUUGGCGCAAUGGGAGGAGAGGAGGGUGAAGAGGACAGCGGCGAUGACGACGACGAAAUGCCUGCGCUGGAGGGUGAGGAGGGUGCUAAGAAGGAGUAA